CGUCUAUGACUUGUCCCAGUCGAAUUUCCCCCGCUGGGCUGGCUGAAUUUUUUUCAGUGCAAUGGUAUUUGUCAUCGACGAGUGAAGGAGUUCGAUAUAUUGGGAGUUGCUUUCAUUGAUUCGCGUGUGUAAAAGUCUCUUUUUUUUCUUCCUUUUUAUCGUGCCAGGGCUAGUCAUUGUUGUGCAUAUGAUUACGCGAAUGGACGGAUCGACGAGAUGAUUCAAUGAUGACGAGGAGAACGUUUUAAGUGCUAGAAGAGGAACAGCUUUAAACUGGGUGAUAUAUAUCUACUGCGACGAGAUUCUAACCUUAUUCGACGAUAAGAUGAAGUCGGGGAAUACGGACAAACACAGAGGCACGAUACUCUUAAAACCGGAGGAAAAUGAACAGGUCUUUCAGCUGAUAGGCAAUCGAUGCCAGUGUUUAGCAGCUGGUGUUAUACAACUAUAUUUGACGGAACCUCCUUUACACAGAGAUUGGAUUAAAAAAGGUACAGGUAUUAUAACUCUAAUAAGAGACAACCCAAGACGCAGUUUCUUUUUGCGAUUGUAUUGCUUGCAAAGAAAAGUAAUGUUGUGGGAACACGAAGUUUAUAAUUCAAUGGAAUAUAAAGCGCCAAUAUCAUAUUUUCAUACAUUUGAGGCAGAAGAUUGUAUGGCUGCAUUUAACUUUGCAAGUGAGACUGAAGCUAUUACAUUAAGGAACAUACUUCUUGGUAAAUUAAAUGCUAAACGCCAGAGAAGACAAGAAAGAAAAGCGAAAGAAGUAGAACCUAGUGGCACUAUAUCCUGGAAAAAUCAAACUAGUGUGUCAGCAUUUACUGUUACAUCAAGUUCACCGGGUAAUUUAUCGAAUGGUGCACCUACAGUUGGUGUUAAUAGAAGUGCUUCAAGUAGUUCAAUGUACAAAACAAAGAAGAAAAGAAAUGAACAAGAUCUUAAACGCAAGUUAACAAAGGAUGAUAUUGGUCUUCCUUCUAAUUUCAGGCAUGUGGCACACUUGGGGUGGGAUGUAAAUAAUAAAGGUCUGGAAUUAGAUUCUGUAGAUUCACAAUUACAACAAUUUUUCGAUAAUGCUGGUGUAUCGGAACAUGAACUCCAAGAUAAAGGCACUCGAAAAUUUAUCUAUGAUUUUAUUGAAAGGAAUGGAGGUAUGAGCGCAGUGCAAGAAGAUAUUCGGCCAUUGGCUAAUACAAAAAGUACUAUUCAGCCUCCUGCAUUGCCGCAAAGGCAGGAAUAUCCUCCACCUGUUCCAGCGCGAACAAUACCUCAUCAAACACGCAGUGCUCCACCUUUACCUCCAAAUCGUCUUAGCGUAUCUUCUCCAUCACCAAGUGUGCCAUCUAGUUUAUCUCUGAAUACAUCUCCGAACGCUUUGUCUAAUAUCCCAUCAAUACAUAGAACCUUACCAUCGAGACCACCACCACCCAAUAUAACUAUAGCACCGACUCUUCCACCACCUCCGCCUCCGCCUCCACCCACUCCUCCCUCUAGAACCAAUUCGAAUAUUUCCAUGCCACCUCCACCACCACCUUUACCGGAUACAAGUAACACCAACAGCAUAACAAUUAACACAAACGCUACUAAUAACAACAAUGAAGAGUCAAUCACUGAUCUUAGACCAAUGCUUAUGGAAUCUAUUAGAAGCGGUACAACAUUAAGGAAAGUUAAUAAGAUGGAAACAAAACCAGCAUUGAUUCAAGAGGAUUCAAGAGGGGAGCUGCUUCGACAAAUACGAGAGGGCAUUGAAUUGAAACCUGUUCCAAAUGAAGUAAAAGCAAAUACGGAACCUCGUGGUGGCCUGGCUGGUGCGUUAUCCAGGGCUCUAGCUGAACGAUCUCGUGCAAUUCAUAGUGAAAGUGAAGAAUCGACUAGUGAUACCACUGAUGAUGAUGAAUGGGAUGACUAGAUCAUAG